GCAAGCUUGGAAAUUGACUGGUCUGAAGCGGUGGUUGGUCCAAGCACGCAUUUUUCACUCGUCUUCUUCCAGUGUAUUGCUCCAGUUGAUUAAUCAUGGCCCGCGACCUUCUCCACCCUUCCGCCUCUGAGGAACGCAGCAAGCACAAGCUCAAGCGCCUGGUUCAGUCGCCCAACUCGUUCUUCAUGGACGUCAAGUGCCCUGGCUGCUUCAACAUCACGACCGUCUUCAGCCACGCCCAGACCGUCGUCCUCUGCGGCUCGUGCUCGGUCAUGCUCUGCCAGCCCACGGGCGGCAAGGCCCGCUUGACCGAAGGCUGCUCGUUCCGCAAGAAGACCGAUUAAAUGUAGUUCAGGCACGCCCGAGGUCGCGUCCGUGGUACGCCAGCACAGGAACGCGUCACUCGGGGCAUAGGCAGUGAACGCCUGUAUGCGCGCUUGUCCCCGGCCAAGCGUCGUCUUGCGCUCUUAACAUUUGAAACGAAGAAGACGAUGUUUAUGCCUUGCGCCA